CUCCAAUCAUCCGGCGCCCUUCGGCACUUCGGCCCGCUCUUUGGCGCGCAUGGCGCCAAAGGCACGCCAGGUGACUUGGCGCCUGAGGCCGGCCGCUUGCGCUUUGGCGCUUCUGGGGACUGCCUUCGCAGGCAUUUGCCCUCGGGCGCGCGUGAGAUGCAGGGCGCAGGAUGACGCAGCAGGUCCCGUUGCUAGUGUCGAGGACGGCAGCCUUGAGGUCAUCGGUGACUCCAACUCUCGGCCAGUGCGCUUGCUGUACUCCCCAGGCGUGCAGCGGCUGCUGGGUUUGCUCAGCACGCUGCAGAGCGUCUCAGUGCCCGGGGGCAGCGCCUGCCAGGCGAUGCUGAAGAACCUGCCGGAGGUUUACAACAAUGUAAGCGAGCAGGAGAUCCCUAGCGACCUGGAGGAUGACUUUGAGCAGGCCUUGGAGUCCAUGCCGGAGCUGUUGCCCUUGGAGGCCUUGGAGGGAGGCAACGUCAACGUGUCAGUGCUGAUGCAGGAGUUUGUGAAGCUUCCGCUGGUCCGACGGCUGCCAGAGCUGAGCGAGCGCCUGGUCUACUUUGAGCUGCUGUACCCCAAGUCCUUGGCAGAGCAGAGCGGCAUCUCUCAGGAAGAACUCCGAGAGGCUUUGCGGGGCGCCGCGAAAGAACUGACGGCAGGCGAGCUGGGCAGCUGGUCCGCCCAGGACUUUGAGGAGGCGCAGGAGUUGCUGCAGCGAAACCCUGUCUUGAAAGAGGUCAGCGAGUCAGUUGCAGAGAGCAUCAAUGAGGGCUUGAGGGAGUUCUAUGGUCAAACUACUGCGCUUGCCUUUGGCUUCGUGGUGGCCCAGUUCCUCUUCGCAGCUCUGCUGAUCGCCGCCUGCUGCAGCUGUGGAGGCGGCAGUGACGCGCCCAUCCCCUCAGAUGUGAACCUGCUGCCGUUGUACACGCUGGACGGAACCAGCAAGUGACGCGUGAAAACGAGGGCGCCCUUCGGUGUCGUGAUGGCCCC